UUCCCGUUCCAUUCCCGUUCCCAUUCCCGCUCCGUUCCCAUUCCCGUUCCCGCUCCAUUCCCGCUCCGUUCCCGUUCCCAUUCCCGCUCCGUUCCCGCUCCGUUCCCGCUCCCGCUCCGUUCCCAUUCCCGCUCCGUUCCCGUUCCCAUUCCCUUCCCGCUCCGUUCUCGCUCCGUUCCCAUUCCCGCUCCGUUCCCGUUCCCAUUCCCGUUCCCAUUCCCGUUCCCGUUCCCGCCCGCCAUGGCGCGUGCCCCCGCCCGGUACCUGGUGUACUUUCAGUACUUUGGCACCAGGUACAGUGGGGUUAUGGAGACCAAGAGUGAUCAGGCCCUGGUAGGAGUCCAGAAUUAUUUGCAGGAGGCAGCAGCCAAGCUGAGGCCCAGCUGCCCCGUCAGGUUCCACAUCUCCAGCCGCACGGACAGCGGGGUGCACGCCCUGGCCAACGCCGCCCACCUGGACAUGCCCAGGCCCCCAGGAAAGGCAGAUUUCACUGGCCACCAACUUGCCCACGCGCUCAACCGCCACCUCAGGCCUGAGCCCAUCCGCAUCCUCAGUGCCCAGCGGGUGCCCAGCACCUUCCACGCCCGGUUCUCUGCCGUGUCCAGGACCUACAUCUACCGCCUGCUGCUGGGCUGUGCCCACCACUCCCAGAUCCCCGUCUUCGAGCGCGACCUGUGCUGGGCUCCGCCUGGAGGCCCCCUGGACAUCGCGGCCAUGCGGGCGGCAGCCGAGCUGCUGCUGGGCACGCACGACUUCAGCUCGUUCCGCUCGCCGGGCGGCCCCGCCCAGCCCAGCCCGGUGCGGACCCUGCUGCAGCUGCGGAUCCGGCCCGGCCCGGGGCUGCUGGCCCGGCACGGCCCGCUCGGGGAAUUGGAGUUCUGGGAGGUGAAGGUCAAGGGCAGAUCCUUCCUUUAUCGACAGGUGCGCAGGAUGGUGGGGGCGCUGGUGGCCGUGGGUCAGGGCCGUUUGUCCCCCGGGGACAUCCAGGAGCUGCUGCAGCGGAAGGACCCGCGGGCGCUGCCGCCGCACGCCAUGGCCCCGGCGCGGGGGCUGUUCCUGGCGGCCGUGGAGUACCGGCAGCAAGAUUUGGCCAUCCCAGAAGAGGAACUUUCUGCUCUCAGCUGAAAAUGGAAAAUUGGUCAAAUUACCUCAAUAAAUAAAAAAAAAAAAAGAAAAAAAAAAACCAAACAGUGACUGUGGAUGCAGGAGC